CAACAUCUUUGCCAGGACCAAGAUAGACCCCAGCGCCUUGGUGCAGAAGCUGGAGCUGGAUGUGAGGAGCGUCACUUCCAUCAGGAGAGGUGCAGAGGCCAAGACCGUUUUGCCCAAGAAAGAGAAAAUGAAGCUGAGGCGUGAGCAAUGCUUGCAGAAAAUCGAAGCCAUAAAACUGGCUGAGCAGAAGCAUAGGGAGGAGCGGAGGCGGAGGGCCACGGUGGUGGUGGGGCACCUGCACCCGCUCAGGGAUGCCCUGCCCGAGCUGCUGGGGCUCGAGACUGGCAGCCGGCGCCAAGCCUGCAGCAGGGAGAGCAACAAGCCCCGGCCCUCAGAGCUCAGCCGGAUGAGCGCAGCCCAGAGACAGCAGCUUCUGGAGGAAGGAAGGACCCGGUUUCAGGAGCUGCUGUCCAGUCCGGCCUACAGAGCCAGCCCCCUGGUGGCCAUCGGGCAGACGCUGGCCCGGCAGAUGCAGCUGGAAGAUGGCGGCCAGCUCUGACCAGGGCAGCGGGCAUGCCACAACUCCUCGGGACACAUGUGUGGGCCAAGUAGAGAGCGCCGGCCCCUCAAGGACCAUGGCCUGAGCCUGGUGGACGCCCUUCCUUCUGGUCGCUUGUGGGGCUCAAUAAAUGGCUCUGUGAACUUCCCCUGCACCCCA